UCUGCAACGGCAACCAAUCAAGCCAGAGUCAAUGAGUAUAAAAUAAAAUGUGCUCUCCAACCAGGACCAAGUUAACUACACUGGCUUACAACAGUUGCUUUAUUAUCCAUUUCUACCUUUUGACUGAGAAGAAGAUGAGGGUCGUCAAUAUGGGUCUUCUGCUGGUUUGUGCAGCCUUUGCUCAGUCCUUCAAGUCUCAAGGUGGGGGGAGUCUGAGAGAGGAGGAGGACAUGUGGGGGAACUACCUAAUGGACAGAGAUGACAACCAUGCCGAGAUCAAAGCUAUCUUUACAGGUACCUGCUUUACGUGUAAGCGCAUCAUCAACAAGGUCAAGGCCAAGCUACAUGGUGAUAAGAACAGGGAUAACAUAGCUGCUAAACUGGACUCUAUUUGUCGCAGCUUGGGGAAGCUCAAAGGCGUCUGCAAGAAACUGGUCAAGAAAUACAAAGAACAACUGAUUGAUGCACUUGUCAGUGAUGUGAAUGCAAGGGUUGCCUGUAAGAAAUUGAAGCUAUGCAAAUGAGAUACCAUUCACCCACGAUUGCCCUGGAUAUGGGUCUGAGCAUACAUGUUCUGUCUGUUUUUCUUUCAGAUGAACACGCUGUCAUAGCUUAGCUUUACAUUAUUUUCAUACACAACUGUCUGGAUGGAAUGGCAGUCUUUAAAGUCACUUGUAUUGCUACUGCAAUUUUCAUUUAAUUAAAUACUGAAACUUGUUCAAAACGGUCUCCUUAAUUUCACAAUCAAACCCUUGCUAUUAAUGUA